GCUACGUCGAGCCCGACGCCCGACAGCGACCUCCAUGUCGUCCACAGCGACGGCGACCAUUGCCACGACGUCCUGCGUGCGCGCACCCAUACCCCUCUCGGGCGAUGCCUUCGGCUACAAGGGUAAAAUCAUCCGCUCUUGGGCGCAGCUACCGCCCGAGGUCGUCAGACACAUUGCGUCGCACUACCUGUCGCUAGUCUCGCCGAGCCUUUACGUCCCCACGACGUGGGACUACAAAGAUUUUUGGCAUUCGCGAAUAAUAUACACCGCCCUCCGAGAUGCUGUGGAAGUGGAAAGGCUGAUGGCUAUAUGCAUGCCGUGGUCCGCUGCUCUCGAGUAUCAUCCAUUCUGGCAACACGCUUGUGCAGCCAUCGAUCCCAACGAAGUACUUGCCCACCAUGCCGUCAUUCGCUCGCCCCCUACCGCCGGUUCGAACAAAGCGCCAGUGCAACGUCUACCUCCGUACAGGCACUUCCGCCAGAUAUCAAUGUACUCUUGCCUGGUCUGUCGGCUUAACUAUCCGGGCUCUACCCUCGGUUUUGGCACGGGGAAGCGGGUCGCCUACAAUCCCCAACUCAACAUGUUCACCGUCUGUCGCGAGCACCGCAAGGGAACGUUUUGUUCCCUGUGCUUGCGCACAGCACCUCAUGAUGACACGCACCUUAUGGUGUGCGUCGCGGAGAACGAGGAUGAAGAAACAUGGCCUGGAGUGGAGGCGACUUGUCGUCAUUGUCGAGGAGAGGGUCUGUGGAGGAGAGCCGUCCGAGAUCCACUUGACCGCCAAGCGCUUGGAAGUCAUCCCUUGAAGUGGAAACACGCUCCGGACUGGGAGAUAGGGCAAGCAGUGGAGACGUUCGUUGACAUGGGCGAAGGCUGCAUCUCCGACGUACUCGCCCUCGCCCGUGAAAAGCAUUGGCUCCGCAGCAACACCAAGAUUGCGGAGCUUCUCAGUCAAGCCCUCGCUUCGUCUCGCUUCGUUGCUCGCGCCGAAGCGGGAUACGAGGGCGAUAGCGAUGAGGACUUGAGUGGCGAAGAGGAAGAGGACCCGGAGUUGAUGAGUUUGACGGAAGAUGCCGGGGGGAUCCGAGACCUUGCAAUCACCGACUGGGCGAGGAACAGGGUACUCGAUGGACACUGGGUCGCACCGGCUGAUCAGUGGUACGACAAUUCCGUACCGGGGCAACCUGAUGUUGUAUCGGCACAACAUCCGUGUCCGUGGCAUGGUGCGACCUACAGCGGGGCCCUUGAGGAGGGUGAAAGCGCAGGCGAUGGCGAGGAGCUUGAACAUCCGCGGCCACGGACCUAUAAUGCCGCGUGUCCGCCUACAUUUGCGCUAUGUGAGGUCGUGUACCGAGCAUACCAGCGCGUCAUGCGGGAGAUUCUGCUACCUGCAAUGACGAACAUCGUCAGGCGUAUCCUGAUGGAGUCCCAGGCUGACGGCGUAGAUCCCACUCUGCGAGCAUCCAAGAUGACUUUGGAAGAGGUUGUCAAGGAGCUCCGGGUUCAUGCCACGUGGUCCAAGGGCGUCGACUGGAUCGAGCGACGAGUCAUUCGAGAACGUGAAGAACGUCAGCGGAGGCAGAGGAGUGUCGAUGAGGAGUCUUUGUCUUCAUCGCGAUCGGGUGGAUCGCACGAAACUAGUCCGGUCUUGUCGACAACCACUCUGCAGACCACACCCUCGCCACCUCCCAGCAGCGUCAAAGACGACGACCCGGAAUCGUCCCCUGUGGCGGUGUCGUCGCCCACUAUCCCGGUUUCUGAAGCAGCAGCUUUGCAAACGCAUGAGCUGAUCCGCCCCGUACCGUACGUUCCUGUGACUGUAGCUCACCUUCCGCAGUAUAGCAUCGACUGUAUCCGUACGAUCUGGCGAGAAGCAUGUGCGCCCUUGUACCAGUGUCGAUGCUCGAUAUGUGAACGGGCUAUGCUGGCCGCGAACACAAACUCGCCGAACGCAAACCAGAGGCCUUCCAACCUAGUGCCCGUAGAAGAGCAGACGAACAAGCGUCGGAACAGCGAUGUCCAGGGGGAGGCUAAACAACUGGUAAUCAAGAUUGAGGAAGCGUCGCUUCUUGCUCUCCGCCAAGAAGCGGAAGAAGAAGAGGAAGAAGAGGACCUCGACGCUGAUGCUGAUCUUGACGACGACGACAUCGAAUCAGAGCUCGACGAUGGUACAUUUCCGUGGCAAGGCGAGAAAGUGUCGACACCACGGACCCCAAAGCGGACCCUGGAAGAGAUAGUGGAACCAGUAGACAACGCGCUUGAAGGCGACCAGGAGGAUGUCGAGCGCGAGGGCACACCGCCCAAGCGAGCCCGGCUGGCGGACGCUGAAUCUGAACCAAAGCAGCUUGUGACGCCGUCGCCCAUCCGUAUGCGCAAAAGGUCGUCCGAGGAGCUGGAGGACAGCGCGAUAGCCGCGCAGAGUGGCAAGCGGGUCAAGGCGUAGCCGUCAGGAAUAGAGUGGAGGGAGCGGGGCAGUGCGUCCUGCAGAUGCACAGGCUGGUGUCGAGGGACCUCGUGGUGGCCGCGCGACUGCUGGCAUGUCGCUUACCGCCGCUGAUCUCUCGGUCUCGAUGGUGUUGCCGACAUCGGAGAUUCCGCUGGCGAUCUACGCGCAGGCCGUCGACGUGUUGAUGGACGCGCACGCGCACGCGCUGCGCGUCGUCGCUUCCCUUCCAUCGCUCAACGUCUCCUUGUCCGAUCCGCCCUUCAAAAUGCGCCCUUCCGUCCCGCCAAUUAUCUGUGUUCCAGCUGCUCUCGCCGUUCCGGUCAUCGCUUUCGUCCAUGCUCGUCAUGUCGUCUCUCCGCCGUCCCCAGCCUUGUCAUGUUCUCUGCAUCCUGUAUAGUACGUAUCAUUUUGUCUUCGUUGAUGUACCAACGCUAUCCGCUUCCGCAUGUAAACACUCAAAAGUGUAUCAUUAUCCC